AUGGCAUUGGAACUCACAGCAAACGAUUUAACCAGAAAUUUGCAUCCAUCUGGAGUCAAGCAACGAAUCACCUACCGCGACGGUCUCGUAGGGUCUCUGUGUUCUCGAACUCGGGAAUUCAUCACUUCACCGAAUUUUCAUACCAUUUCUUCACCACCAUUUGGGUCCACUCGUGAUCUAUACCGCAGAAAUGACGGGCUUUAUGGGGACGACGACCCGAUACAAUGGCCGCAGUCCAUCAACCAACGUAACAUCUACCUAUCGUGUAUUCCGCGUCUUCCAACUGCGGACGAUCACCCAUACUUCACUGAUAUGUGUAUGUGGACGGACAUAGACGAGAGUGGUAUGGAAUUCACCUAUAAAGGGAAGCAGCAGAAAGAGGGAACCUUGGGCACGUACCUGGCAGAUCAACUGGAUGCCUCGCUUGGGCGCUUGCGCGAUAGAACCACGGUAUAUACUAUGCUCAGUGAUGAAUCGAAGGACCGCAACGUUAUCAGGCUGUUGGAAGAGUUCGGGAACACGAUUGCAUUAUGUUUCUCCCGAAUCAGAUCAGUAUCGAUGCCCAUAAGGGAUUUGCGGCGCGGCCUGUCAGAAAUUCGAAGAGGAUGGUGUUAUUCUGUCGCUUUGCUGGAUUAUACCCAAAUAUUCCAUUCGCGCACAACGCAAAUUUACGUGGGUCGAGAAGAAGGAGGGGAACAUGUCGAGAACCGAAUGGGGGCAUUCGUGUGGAACGACUCAGACGCCAUGAAGCUGUUCAAUGCAAACCUACCAGUCUUCUACAUACGGCCAUACAAUGCGUUCGAUCGACAAGUCAUUUCAUCCGUGGUACCGCUUUCCCCGCCUCAGAUUUGCAUGGUGACUGCGUCGCCUCCGUACCCAAUAUUGCUGUCUAGCUGCCAGGCUGGGUCAGACGAGAAGUUUGCGGCAAUUCGCUCUGCAGCCAUCUCUUGUUUUGAUGUGCAAAGUCCGUUUGAAAACAUGCAUUUGCCUGGGGCCUAUGCAUCUUCAUUUUCCAUAUCUCAAUCUCAUAAACAAAUUCGUUCACCCGGUGUGUCUGUUCCAUCGACAUCCAGUCUUACUGGUGUCGUCCGAACCUCCUCUUCUUUUACUCGUGCUGGGCCAUACCCCAAAAGCCACAAAGCACCACAACAAGCUAAAAAACAUUCUAGAGCCAGAGGCAGCGACCUACCUACUCAAUCUCAACCAUCGCGCUUCGAGGACCUGGCAGUACAGAGCCCUCUUUUGCCUCCCCUUUUGCCAUCAUGUAGAGGUAUCAAUGCCACUAUCAAUGUUCGACAUUCGGGGAUACUCCACGACACAGCACAACCUCCGAAACUGACCACUGUUGUCCCUGACCCUGCUCUCAUUUUCAGGUCUCCAGAUGAGGAAAAGCGACUGCUAUACCUCAAGCAGUGGUGUCAUGUCCGUGAUGCCUGGCUUUCCUAUUGUCGCGAGUCAUCUUCUCCAGCAGAGCCAGUUAGUGGUACCGUCUGGAAGAAAAUACUCAGCCUUCCUUCAAUCGGGCCUUGGAAGACAGAGAAACCUGUGAAAUCGAAACAAGACAGCGACCAUCAGGCUGCUACUCAGUUGCUCGAAACAGUCUUUACCCGUCACAGGCCUAACUCUUCUAUCAUCUCCAGCAUGAAUUCGGUGACAAUUUCUACUUCAGAGGCAAAACGACUUGUACGUGAGCUCACCUUCAUCAACUUCCGACACCAGCUUCUUUCGCUCGACGCAGUAGCGGACCAGACUGCUCCAGAACCAAAUGCCUCUAUUACUGCUGCGGAAUUGAAGGUACUGGUUGCCAACCAUCGCCGUAAUCGAAAGGGAGUUGUGAAUGCAAUUUUCGGUAACGGAGGAGACGUGUUUACCUGGAGUGAUGUAACUCUAAGGACUGGGUUUGUGGCUGAUUCUUGGGCCCAUAGAGUGGGUGCUUUGCGAAGCUUUUGGAGGUUGAUGAGUGACUGGCCUGUUGAUAAGUCUGGAAUUUGGAAUCGUGGACUAGAUCCCAAUCUGCCGCAUCUUGUGGGACCGGGAAAAGAGUGGGAGACUCUACUAUUUCAAACUUACGCACAGACAUAUUUCAAUUUCUUAGGACAUCCUCCCAUUUUACCAAGAGUUUUUGGGUGA